UUAAAUUAAACAGUGAUUGAAUCCUACUAAAAACGUAACUAGACUAUUAAAUCUAAGAUCUUAAUGAAUGAAAAAUCAAACAUGAAGGGAAAAGUGUUAAUUGGGUUGGUGCUAAUAUCAUGUGUGCUGGUGACAUGGCUGUUUGGACAUUUUUACCAUGAAUUGCUGGAAGCAUAUGAACAGAAUGGGACUCUCGCACAAUCUGAAUAUUCAUGGGUUUUACGUCUGCUACUGAACUGUGUGGGUUAUUCCACAAUAGUGCUGCCUGCUUUUAUCCUGUACAAGUAUUUAGAACGAAUCAAUUAUUUUGAUAAAAUAUCAAAUACAACAUGGAUAUCGCGCAUCCUGCACGCGUGUUUCGCGGAACAGAACGAGCGGCUGCCAGAGUCGGUUAAGCUGAAGGAGGAGGGCCAGCACGAGACCCUGGAACUGGUGUUCUGUUUCUCGGGGCUGAUGGCUGCGUACCUUGUGUGGGGGCUACUGCAGGAGAAGAUUAUGACACAGAACUACACGCUUGCCGACGGCACUGUAGUGCGGUUCAACGACUCGCAGUUCCUCGUGUUCAUCAACCGUCUGUCCGCGUGUAUACUGGCGUUCGCCCGUUUGCGCUGGGUCGGGGCUCCGCUGUUCGCAGCUCCGCUGUACAAGUUCGGCUACUGCUCGCUCACCAACAUCGUGAGCGCCUGGUGCCAGUACGAGGCGCUGAAGUACGUCAGCUUCCCCACGCAGGUGCUGUCGAAAUCGUGCAAGGUGAUCCCCGUGAUGCUGAUGGGCAAGCUGAUCUCUCGCAACACGUACGAGCUUUACGAGUACGCGACCGCGGUGCUCAUCUCCGUGGGGAUGGUCAUGUUCAUGUACGGCAGCCAUGAUGAUUACGCUGCGUCCACAGCGACAUCGGUGUCGGGCGUGUGCUUGCUGGCGCUGUACAUGUCGUGCGACAGCUUCACGUCGUCGUGGCAGGGCGCGUUGUUCGCGCGCUACUCGCUGCGGCCGCUGCAGAUGAUGGGCGCCGUCACGCUCUGCUCCUGCGCGCUCUCCGCCGCCGCGCUGCUGCGCGCGCCCCGCCCGCCGCUGCCGGCGCUGCUGCAGCACCCGAUGUUCGUGUUCGACUGCCUGUUGCUGUCGGGCAGCUCAGCGCUGGGGCAGGUGCUCAUCUACCGCACCAUCGCGCGGUUCGGGGCCGUCGUGUUCACCAUCAUCAUGACGCUUAGACAGGCGGUGUCGAUCCUGGUGUCGUGCGCGGUGUACGGGCACGCGGUGUCGGCGCGCGGCGCGCUGGGCGUGCUGCUCGUGUUCGGCGCCGUGCUGCUGCGCCUGCACUGCCGGCGCCGGGCCAAGCGCGGCGCCGUGCCCGCGUAGCACAUACCCCCCCAC